CCGGCCUGGCCUCGUCCUCCAGUCAGCAUCAUGUCAAUGCCCAACUCCGAGAACGCUUCCACCCUGGAGAACGCCAUGCAGCUCAUGAUCCAGACCUUCCACAAGUAUUCCGGCAACGACGGAGACAAAUACACGCUGAGCAGGGUCGAGCUCAAGGAGAUGCUCACCACCGAACUGGGAAACUACCUCGGGAACAUCCAAGAUAAGGAGGCGGUGGAUAAGGUCAUGGGCGACCUGGACGCCAACGGGGACGGUGAGGUGGAUUUCACCGAAUUCAUCAUCCUGGUGGGCGCUCUCACUGUGGCCUGCAACGACUUCUUCCUGGAGUUCAACGAAAAGCCGGCAAAGAAGAAGUGA